AUGGAGUUCGACCCUCAGACACCGCAGUAUAACACCUCAGACUCGACCUCCUUCGCCCACACCUCCGCGCGCGAAAGAUGGCCCAUCAUUAUCACCCAGGGCAUCGAUGAUGUGCAUCGGACGAUAUACGAUACACAAGAUGAGGAGAAGGUGAAGGAGGGUAAAUGGGUUGUAUCAGAGCUCGCAGGUUUGAAGUACGAGCUUCAGCAUGACCGCGAACUCUCGUCAAUCACAGACGAUGGUGAACCGGAUGUCGCAGACUACAACAAAGAGCUGGAGGCAUUGAAGCCUGCGAAGUGGCAUUCUGUACCGUGGCUAUACUCGGAAUGCUACCUCUACAGGCGUAUCUCGAGUAUCUUCAAGCGAACACAACACUGGAAGUCAUACGACAUCUUCGCUCGCCAGAAGAUGUCCACCUUCAGGUCGUCACGCCCCGCCGUUAUCGAACUCGCCUCGCGUUAUCGAGAUAUCGUUACCGAGCUCGAAUCGAAGCAUACGAUAAGGGGCGCCAAAACGGCCGAGGAGCCUGAAAAGGCAGAGAGGGUCCUGUUCGAUGAGAUAUGCGAGAUCUGCUUGUGGGGAAAUGCAACCGACUUGUCCCUCCUUACAAACCUCUCAUACGAAGAUAUCCAGAAGCUACAGGGCUCUGAGGCGCGGAAGAAGUCCGAGAAGAACAUCAUCGUCAAUGAUCUUGACAAGGCGUUCAAGGUGUUGUCCGCAGCACAAAAGGGAGGCAAAAAGGAACGAAGGGUAGACAUCGUGCUCGAUAACGCCGGCUUCGAGCUGUUUGUCGACCUUAUCCUAGCCGGCUACUUGCUCGCUUCUGGUCUAGCCACCAACAUCGUUUUGCACCCGAAGUCGAUACCUUGGUUUGUCUCCGAUGUCUUGCCGCAGGACUUUGGUGCGCUCAUUCAGGCGCUUGCCGACCCGCAAGGUUUCUAUUCCGCACUCUCCGAUGACGGCGAGAAGUCAGGGACGAAGACACCGCCGCUGUCGGACGCGGAGGUCGACAACCUUAAGUUCCUUUUCCAGCAUUGGAGCACGUUCCACGCUGAGGGCCAACUUGUCUUGCGCCCGAACACCUUCUGGACUGCCGGUGGCAGUUUCUGGAGACUGCCGAAGACAGAGCAAAAUCUGACAGAAGACCUGAAGCAGAGCGAACUUGUCAUCUUUAAGGGCGAUCUGAACUACAGGAAGUUGACCGCUGAUGUAGCAUGGCCUGCGACAACACCUUUUACCGAAGCCAUUGGACCGCUCGGCCCAGGGUCCGGUAUCCGUGUUCUUGCGCUAAGAACAUGCAAAGCUGAUGUCGUAGUUGGUCUUCCGGAAGGCGAAGACGAACGGAUUAAGGCGAUUGCAGGAGGUGGUGGCGACAGCGGGGCGCGGAAGUGGGCAUGGAGCGGCAAGUGGGCUGUAGUGCAGUUUUCUGAUGGUAAGGCUUAA